AUGGACCAAGGAGUGAUCGAGAAGAUGAAAAGGAGUUACAGAAAACAACUCCUCCGUCGCCUUUUAUUGGCCGAAAAGGAUGAGGAGAGUGUCAUCGAGUUUGUAAAGAAGGUCAACCUUAAAGACUGCAUUUACAUGCUAGCCGAUGCAUGGGAAAGCCUCACAGAAACCAAUUUACAAAGAGCCUGGAGAAAGUUAUGGCCUUACGAAGAAGAAAAAGAUGAUCUAGAGGAAGGAGAUAUUGAUGGUGCUGUGAAUGAAAUAAGUGAAAUAUGCAGCACACUUCCGGGAUUUGAAGAAUGCAACAAAGAUGACGCCAUGGAGUGCUUGGCUGUUGAUAGCAACGAUUCUGGAUUUCAGAUUUUGACUGAUCAAGAAAUAGCUGACAUGUUAAAUGAAGACGAAACAGAAACAAUGGAAUCUGAUAGUGACGACAAUUCUGAUAAGACAGAAGAAACAGGGCCAACUCAUUCCGAAGCGUUCGUAGCAGCGGAGGCACUGAUGUCAUGGCUGGAAAAACAAAAUGAGAGCUCACCCACGCAGCUGAUUCUGUUAAAAAGAAUUAAGGACUUAGCUGCAAAAAAACGAACCACUACCGCAGUUCAAAAAGCCAUUACGGAUUUUUUUAAAAGUUCAAAUAUGUAG